UCAAAAACAAUGGCAAUUUGCGAGCCGAAACCUAAACCCCCGAAACCCUACCAGAAAAUAACAAAUAUUACCCUGUAAAAUUUCUGACCUUUCCCCCGCGUGGAUCCCUUACAGCAGUCCUUCGCCUCUUCAAACACCAAUCUCAAUUCGUUGCACGGCGGGUUUUUCUCUGAAUCGCCCCCUUUUGUUUUCUUUCUGAACAAAUCUUAUUGUUUUUCUUUUAGUCUUUGUGUUAUUGCAUCAUUGUUCUUCAGAUUCUCGCUGGUUAUGCACGGAUUAGUGUUCUUAGAGUUUAAUUUGUUGGAUUUGGAUUCUGGGUGUGGUAGAAUUUCUGGAAAUCACUGCUACUACUUGGUUUUCCAGUUUGUUAUUGGGGGCAGUGGCUAUUUUCUCAAGAAUAUGAUUUAGAUCUUGAUUUUGGGUAGAUUUCUUUUUCCUGAGGAGACGCCUAGAACAUGCUCUCGCUGCGACCUAUUCGCAGAUUCUGCCAUGCUGCUACCAUCAUUGUAUCUUCAGAGACCCCUGCGGCUGUGUUGAAUCACGUUCAGAACUCGAAGCCCGUCGAGGAGCCUGCCCUUAUAAAGCUUAAAGCAGAACGGGACCCUGAGAAGCUGUUCCAUCUGUUUAAAGCCAAUGCGCACAAUCGGCUUGUGAUUGAGAAUCGAUUUGCUUUUGAAGACACUGUGUCUCGACUGGCUGGAGCUCGUCGCUUUGAUUACAUUGAGCAUUUACUUGAGCAUCAGAAGACUCUUCCACAGGGGCGCCGUGAAGGAUUCAUUAUAAGGAUUAUAGUGCUAUAUGGUAAGGCUGAGAUGAUCAAGCAUGCUGUUGACACUUUUUAUAAUAUGCACUUAUAUGGAUGCAGUAGGACUGUUAAGUCGUUUAACGCGGUGCUUAAGGUUUUGAUGAAGGCCCGUGAUUUAGGAGCUCUCGAGGCAUUUUUGAGAGAAGCUCCAGAAAAAUUCAAUAUUGAGUUGGAUAUAAUUUCUGUUAACAUUGUUGUUAAGGCUUUUUGUGACAUGGGUAUUUUAAAUAGAGCUUAUCUUUUCAUAUUAGAAAUGGAGAAGGUGGGAAUAAGACCAGAUGUGGUUACCUAUACGACGUUAAUUUCGGCAUUGUACAAGCAUAAUCAAUGUGAAAUUAGUAAUGGUCUGUGGAAUCUAAUGGUUUUGAGGGGUUGUUUGCCCAAUCUUGCUUCUUUCAAUGUGAGAAUUCAAUAUUUGGUUGACAGGAGACGAGCAUGGGAUGCUAAUAAAUUGAUGAAUGUGAUGAGGAACAUUGGGAUUGUACCUGAUGAGGUUACUUACAAUCUGGUAAUAAAAGGUUUUUGUCAAGCCGGGUUUCUUGAUAUGGCGAAAAGGGUUUAUUCUGCUUUACAUGGGAGUGGAUAUAAACCAAAUGUCAAAAUUUAUCAAACCAUGAUUCAUUACCUAUGCAGAAGUGGGGAUUUCAACAUGGCAUAUACAAUGUGCAAAGAUGCCAUGACCAAGAAUUGGUUUCCAAACAUUGAUACAAUUCAUUCAUUACUUAAAGGCCUCAACAAGAUGGGGCAGCCUGGUAAGGCUCAGUUGAUCCUAUCAUUGGCAAGGAAAAGGGUGCCUCCUUUCUCUACAACUCAGUUGGAAGCUUUGAAUACCAUAAUGGCCAAUGGCUGAAAAGAGAUCUGUAGACUGGUGCUAGAUGAAUGUAGCAGAAAGCUCAAAAGGAGCUCAUGUUCUUUCUUUACUUCCAUUUGUAAAUUACAAAGUUAAUUGGACACUGAUUUUUUAUGGGGUUACAUCUUCAAAAAGUUUCUCAUUUUCUCAGUAAUUUGUUCUACCAUCUCAAUAAAGUAUAUGUCUCAAGAUGAGAGUUCUGAAUGGACCAGCUGAUGUUCUCUGUGAGUUACUGUGCAAAUCUCUCUCUCUAGUCUACACAUACUUAGGCGAAACAAAUGCUUUCCCAUGUACACAAGAUGUCGCAACUGUGUUAUAACUUUCUACAUUCGAAUCAUCUUUUGUCAUUCCAGCAUCGGUGCUUUCAAACGCAAUGGCAAUAGGAAUAAGGGCAAAAUCUUUCCUGUUGGAUAUUUUUGAAUGCUGCGUAGAAAGCCAAUGGCAGAUUAAUGAUUUCUGAAGCUCCCUGUGUGUCCAAAUCCAUCGUCUUCCGCCAUUCGGAUUAGUUGGAGAGAGUAGAAUAAAAAUUGCAUGAUGCAACUUACAGAUGGUAGCAUGUCGGUGCACUUUUCCUUUCGAUGAGCUAUCACUAAUGUCCAUGGACACUAGGGGAGGUUCAUUCUCUCUAAUGUGUUGGUUGGACGAGGUUUCUUCAGGUGAGGCUGUAUUCGAGUAUUCGAACAAUGAACUUGAUUCCACCUCUUAUUUUUCCUUGAUCAAGUUAUGUUACUGGCAGAAGUUCAUGAGCUAAUAUUUGAUGCAAAACUCAG